AUGUCCAACUCGGAUUACUACGGCGGCGGAGGCGGCCACGGCCAGCAGCAGCAACAGGGCUAUUAUCCCCAGCAGACAUCCUACGGCCAACCACCCUACCCCCACAGUCCCCAGCCUGUCCCCCAAGAGUAUCGCCAGGACUAUCCCCCGCAGCAUCAACAGCAAUACCAGCAGCAGCAGCAGCAGGGUCACUCUCCUUAUCCUCAGCAGCAGGGCUACGCGCCAGCCCCUGCCCCUCAGCAGCAUCCCCAGCAGCCUUCCUACGCGCAACAGGCCGAUCCUCGCCAGAACUACGGCGGCCACUCGCCCCAACCGCAAUACCACCAGCCGCCACCACAGCAGCAAGGGUACGGCCAGCCGCACGACUACAACCGCGCAGGCAGCCACUCUCCCUACCCGCCCCAGCACGGCGGCGCACCGGCCUAUCCCCAAGGACAACAAUAUGCCCAGCAAACGCCGUACGGCCAGCAGUACCCUCCUGGCCCGGGCGGCCCCGACGGCGAAAAGGGUCUCGGUGCCACGCUCGCGGGCGGCGCGGCUGGCGCCUGGGGCGCCCACAAGCUAGGCAACACGGGUCUGCUCGGCACGCUUGGCGCGGCGGCCGCCGGUGCCAUUGGCGCCAACGUGCUCGAGCACAAGAUCAAGCCCAAGAAGAAGAAGGACAAGAAACACAAGAAGGAGAAGAAGUACAAGAGCAAGGGGGUUGGUGGCCACAGCAGUAGUAGCUCAAGCAGUUCCAGCGACUCGGACUGA